GUGAAGCUACGCAAGAGUUAAGUCCGCUAGCUACCGGGCUGAGGACCCUUCCUAAUCAUGACUGCUUCUCCUUGCAACACCUUUAGUUACGCAUUUCGGGGGAAAUUGAGGCCGGGAGUAGCUGUGUUCCACAGCCCCGCCACUAUCUCAGUGCCAGCCAGUGACAGAUGCUGGGGAUGUCUACAGGAGUCCUGGAUCCUCCUGCAUCAUUAUUCCAUCUACUUGGGGCCAAUUUGCGACUUUUCUCCGUCUGCUUCUUCAGCAACUACAACUAUACUUGGGGCAUAGUUGUAGUUAUUUGAGUGUAUAUCCCUCCACCUUUCAGUUAUUCUUCUUUGGGAGAUCUGGAAAGAUGAGCAGCAAGAAACUAAGACGAGUGGGUUUAUCACAAGAGCUGUGUGACCGUUUGAGCAGACAUCAGAUCGUUAAUUGUCAGGACUUCUUAGGUCUCUCCCCGCUGGAACUUAUGAGAGUGACUGGCCUGAGUUAUGGAGGUGUCCACAAGCUUCUGUGUGUGGUCAGCAGGGCCUGUGCUCCACAGAUGCAAACGGCUUAUGAGAUAAAGCUGCGGAGGUCUGCUGAUCUCUCCCCAGCCUUCCUGUCUACUACCCUUUCUGCGUUGGAUGAAGUCCUGCAUGGUGGUGUGGCUUGUGGAUCGCUCACAGAGAUUACAGGUCCACCAGGUUGUGGAAAAACUCAGUUUUGUAUCAUGAUGAGUGUUUUAGCUACAUUACCCACCAACAUGGGAGGAUUAGAAGGGGCUGUUGUGUACAUUGACACCGAGUCUGCGUUUACUGCUGAAAGACUGGUAGAGAUCGCAGAAUCCCGUUUUCCACUGCAUUUUAACACUGAAGAAAAAUUGCUUCUGAUGAGCAGUAAAGUUCAUCUUCACCGGGAACUUACCUGUGAGGGAGUUCUACACAGGCUUGAAUCUCUGGAGGAAGAGAUUAUUUCCAAAGGAGUUAAGCUCGUGAUUGUUGACUCCAUUGCUUCUGUGGUCAGAAAGGAGUUCGAUUCGCAGCUUCAGGGCAACAUCGAGGAAAGGAACAAGUACUUGGCCAGAGAAGCAUCCUUACUGAAGUACCUGGCUGAGGAAUUUUCGCUCCCAGUUAUCUUGACGAAUCAAAUUACGACCCAUCUGAGUGGAGCCCUCCCUUCUCAAGCAGACCUGGUGUCUCCGGCUGAUGAUUUGUCCCUGUCUGAAGGCACUUCUGGAUCCAGCUGUGUGGUAGCCGCACUAGGAAACACAUGGAGUCACUGUGUGAACACCCGGCUGAUUCUCCAGUACCUUGAUUCAGAGAGAAGGCAGAUUCUCAUUGCCAAAUCCCCCCUGGCUCCCUUCACCUCCUUCGUCUACACCAUCAGAGGGGAAGGCCUGGUUCUUCAAGGCCAAGAGAGGCCAUAGGGAUACUGUGACCUUUGUCUGGAGCUGAUGGGGGUGUGAUUUGUGAAAUGAAACAAGACCAAGACGGGGGCUGCUUGGAAAAAGGAACCGGAAGCCAACAUAAUGAGGAUUAAUUGGUUGGUUGCUGUUGAGAUGGUAACUGUGAUUUCAGACCCGGAAGGGAAGGUGAAGACGACGAAGCCUUUGUCCAGUCUCUGAUGUGGAGGGCUGGGGGCUUUACCACCAUGGGAUGUCAGCGGCCGGAAUAAGAAUUUGCACUUACAUGGCACCUUUCAACCAUGCACCUCAAAGCGGUUUAGCCACAUUAAUUAAUUAAGGCCCACAAUCCCCCUGGGGAGAGGAGGAGGAGACUAACAAGAUUUGUAAUUACAGAAGAGAACAUUUCCGAAUAAAGUAUUGUCCGGCAAAGAAAAAGAAUAGGUGUGAAAGAAUUGGGGUCUCCAAAGAGUAACUGACUCACAAAGAAAACGGUGAAACCAUGGGGGAAGCUGGAGGUGGGCAUGGAUGUGGGGGUCUGCUCUUGUGUCAGAGGGAGGCCAAGGCCCUCAGAACUCACUGACAGGCUCAAAUCUAACUUCGAAGCUGAGCAGGCAUGGUAUUAGUAUUGUCUGGAAGGUCAUUAUAACUAUUGUAAGCAUACACUCCUGUUCCACUGGGAUAGUGUGGGUAGCCUUGCAGAACAAAGAGCGAGAUUCUCGCGGUAUUUAAUAAAGGAUGAAGUGAUUUCUUUGGAGUUGAAGCCCAAAGCUGGACCACUCAAUUAGCAAAUAAAUCAACUGGUGAUCCAUGGGAUAAUUCCGCUCUUUGCCUUGGAUGCCUGGCCCACCAGUUCCCACUGCCCUGAGGCUCUGAGGCAAAGUAUCAGAUUGAGCUGGUUCAGUGCAAUGUUUGGGGGCUGAAGCCCCUUCAGAGUCAGGUAUUGAAUCUUCCUAGGGCUAGUAAAAUGGCUCGUUGGGUAAGGAUACUUGCCACGAAGUCUGAUGGCCUAGGUUUGAUCCCUAGAUCCACAUGUCAGAAGAAAAGAACCAGCUCCCCAGAGUUGUCCUCUGACCUCUACACAUACACGUUGCACACACCUAAGAGCAGGAGAGGAAGAGGAAGGCGAAAGAAAGAAAGAAUAAAUGUAAAGUUGUUUUACUUUUGUUGAGACAUGGUCUCACUAUGCAGCCCUGGCUGGCCUAGAGCUUGCUAUACAGACCAGACUAGUCUUGAACUCUACUUCCUAAUUACUGGGAUUCAAGACACACACACCACCAUGCCCAACUAUAAAGUUAUUUUUUAAUAACAAUCUUUCCAACCCCUGGCAACCUAUCAUCAAAAUUAUUGGUGACCCAAAGCUUUAGAAUCACUGCCUGCUCCCCCUUCAGAGAUUGUAGUCAUAGGAGGUAGACUAAGCAUUAUACCUCAUUCCCUGCCUCCUGUUGGUAUCCAGUAAAGUGCUAUGCAAAAAGGAAGGGGAGGGCAUGAGAGACUGGCUUUGCUAACGACUUCGUAAUUAUUGAGUACAGACCAAUAUAAAGCGAUAGAGCCUAUGGCCCCCUCAGUAAAUGAAUCAUGAGAAAACUCAUUCUAAUAACUAUACUACAAAACAGAACGAAGUCUCCUGGUCAAUGACGGUGAGGCCCCGUGCUGCAGGGGACAGGGAAGGACAUCUUGCUGGGCUAGAAGCGUGUUCCUGAGGAGCCAGCAGGCAUGCCAGCUGCAGGGGGCAGGGAAGGACAUCUUGCUGGGCUAGAAGCGUGUUCCUGAGGAGCCAGCAGGCAUGCCAGCUGCAGGGGACAGGGAAGGACAUCUUGCUGGGCUAGAAGCGUGUUCCUGAGGAGCCAGCAGGCAUGCCAGCUGCAGGGGACAGGGAAGGACAUCUUGCUGGGCUAGAAGCGUGUUCCUGAGGAGCCAGCAGGCAUGCCGGGCGUGAGGGAGUCAGGAGGAUUUGUGUAGGUCUGGAAGAAGCUGCCCAGGCAGCCGCUCCGGUCUGAAGCCCUGUGCUUCCUCUCAGUGAGGGGCAUUUUGAGAACUUGUGGUUUUCCAUCGAAUGCUUAUGCAAACCAAGCUGAUUAAAUGUAAGUUUCUCGUGCAUUCUUUUGACACAAGUUGGCUAACUUAAGACAACACGAGGAGUAUUUGAGGUGGUGAUGAAGUUUAGUAUGCACUAGGGAACAGCAGGGGGAAGAUUGAUGGCUUCCCCUCUCUCCCCCUUUCCCCUGUUCCCCUGAACAGGUCGUAAAACCUAGCCAGCUUUCCCCUAACGUCAGUCGUAAAGAAGUCAUCCCAGAGGUGCCCUCCCUGGGCCCAGAGGAAAGGAAUGCUCUUAUCUCUCAAAGGCACUCCGGUGCAGAGAAGACUAGGACUCAGCUGGCCAGCUGUAUCUGCCCCUAGCUUACAUUAGAUCACACCUGCUUCUCCUCCAGUCAGACUUCUGCCCACUCUCUUUAAAAAGAAAAGAAAAAAAAAAAAAACACAUGUUUUCCUGUUUCUUUGGGUCUCCAUGUCAUAUAGAACAUAUUAGAUAAAUGUGUAUGCUUUUCUCUCAUUAAUCUGUCUUUUGCCACAGAGGUCUUGCCAUGGGGAAAGAAAAAGCACCCAUGUUUCUUGCCUCCAGUUUCCGGUGCCCAGCACAGGGAGGCUGAGACACUUUACUCCAGCCUGUAGGUAAGAUCCUUGGACAGCUGUGACAAAAAGCCAGUUGCAUAAGAAUUCUUAUCGGGGCCGGCUCCCCCAGAUCUACCUGCAAUGCCUGGUUGAGAAGGAGGUAGAGAUCUCUUCUCAUGCAUCCCCAAAUUGGUAUUAGCAGGGCAACAGCAUGUUUGGACUGACUUUCUGGCCAAAGCUAGCCGGAGCUACCUAUUCAUGAUGGCCCUUUCCUUCCCAGCAACACCUCUCUUCCCGUCUCCUUACUCACCUUUUUGAGUCCACAGUACUUGGCUCCACUUCCGCUUAUCAGGGUACCCAAGUAAAUCAGUUUUGCAUAUGCAGGCAGCCAUUUUCAGGCUGGAGAGGCACAGGAACAUGGCCUAGUGAUGGGGGCUCUCAGAAGGGUGUCUCUGUCUUCCCUUCUUCCUUCCUUUUGCCCUUCUGUGGGGGUGCUCUUGGGUCUGGCAAGAGCUGCAUCUUUUUGUCUCUCUUUUGAGAACACAUUUCCUCCA